AUGCAUACAUUUCAUGAGAAUUGUUCUUUGGUAUCGAGUGAGCUGAAAUGUAAAAUAUUACAGAUACUACCACCACAAUAUCCCUCGUUAAUAUUACAAAUAAAUAAUGUGAAUAAUUGUUUUUCUUGUUUAUUGCGUACAUCAAUUAAUGAUAAAAGUAAUGCUAUUGAAUGGAAAAAAGAGUUUGAAUUACUAAGUUUAACAACUUAUACUGUGAGUGGUUCUUUUCCUGAAAAUACGCAAAAAUUAGUGUUUAAAAAGAGAUAUCAUUGCCAUCACAAUACUCGACCAAAUUCGAAAACAAUUAAGCCUCAUGCAAAACAUACAUCAUGUACAGUAAGAUUCACCAUUACUGUAAAGCAGAGCAACAUGAAAAG